AUGAAUAAAACCAAAGAAACUCGAGUGUCACAAUGGUAUUUUGGAGGCUUAGCAUCAGCGGGAGCAGCCUGUGUCACCCACCCAUUAGACUUGCUGAAGGUACAGAUGCAAACACAAAAAGGAAAAAAUAUUUCAAUGCUUAAAUUAACAGGAAUUGUUAUAAAGAACCAAGGAAUUCUGGGACUUUACAAUGGUAUAUCAGCAUCCUUACUUCGACAACUCACCUAUUCAACAGCCAGGUUUGGUAUAUAUGAAAUGGCAAAACAAACCUUUGCACCAAAAGAUGGAAGUGUAAUGCCAUUUUAUAUGUCAGCUUUCCUAGCUGGUCUAGGUGGAUUUGCUGGUGGAUUCGUUGGUAAUCCUGCUGACUUAGUGAAUGUUCGCAUGCAAAAUGAUGUUAAAUUGCCACCUGGGCAAAGAAGGAAUUAUAAAAAUGCAAUACAUGGCCUUUAUCGGGUUGCGGCACAAGAAGGAAUAUUACGCUUAUGGGCGGGUGCGUCUAUGACCUGCAGUAGAGCUGUUCUGAUGACCAUAGGACAACUCUCUUUCUAUGAUAAAAUAAAAGAAUUACUACUUAGUACAAGCUACUUCAGUGAUAAUGUUGUUACACAUGUCACAUCUAGCUUGUUAGCUGGUGGUAUCGCGACAACUAUGACUCAACCGGUUGACGUAUUAAAAACGCGAGCAAUGAACGCAAAACCUGGCGAAGUCAACAGCAUGCUGAAACUCAUCAAGAAUACGGCAAAGGAGAGUCCUCUGGCUUUCUUCAAAGGAUACAUUCCGGCCUUUGCAAGGCUAGCUCCCCACACCAUUCUCACGUUUGUGUUCCUAGAACAACUUAGAAUAAAUUUUGGUAUUGUUAAAAAUAUAUAA